AUGUCUUCGAUCGAUGCCUUUAUUCCGAUGAGGAUCCCCAGAGUGGAUUUCUCUUCGUGGAACGACCACCAUGACAAACCUAGCCGGCUGCGAGUGGCACAGGAAUUGGUCGAAGCUUGCCAAAGAGUCGGUUUCGUCUACAUAGUAAACCAUUCUCUGCCGGAAUCGGUCCUGGACGAGGCAUUCUCAUGGGCCAAACGUCUCUUCGAUCUGCCCGAGGAGGUGAAAAUGAAAGCCCCUCAUCCAGAAGGCUGGGCUGUUCAUCGAGGGUACUCGCCUCCGGGGUUCGAAAAGGUCUCGCAGAACCUUAGCACCGGAGAUGAUGAGGAAAUAAAGCGGAAGAUGAGGGAGAUCCCAGAUGCCAAGGAGGUCUAUGAUAUCGGCAGUGAUGAGAACGCCGAUCAGCCCAACCAGUGGAUUCCUGACGAGCUGUUUCCCGGCUUCCGAGCCUUCAUGAACAAGUUCUAUUGGGAGUGUAAUAAAGUCGGCGACAGCAUACUCCGCGCCUUAGCCGUAGGCUUGGAUUUGGACGACGAGUCCUAUUUGGCUAAGCAGCACUCAGGGCAUGAAAAUCAGAUUCGAUUGCUUCAUUAUAUGCCCAUCCCCGCCGAAGAAUUGGAGAAAGAGCGUGUCACUCGCUGCGGAGCACACACCGAUUGGAGCUCGAUUACGAUGCUAUUCCAAGAUGAUUGUGGAGGGUUAGAGGUGGAAGACAUCUCUCGACCGGGGACAUUCGUUCCCGUGGAACCUGUAAAAAACGCGAUUGUCAUGAAUGUUGGGGAUCUACUUCAGAGAUGGAGUAAUGAUCGACUUCGUUCGACAAAUCACCGAGUCCGGCUUCCACCACUUGCUGAUCGAUUCGAGGGCCCCGAUCGAAUGACACGCGACAGGUACUCUAUCCCAUAUUUUAUGACGACCGAUCGCGAGACCGUAAUUGAAUGCAUACCGUCUUGUACGGACGACAAUGAGCCCCCGAAGUACGAUCCCAUCAAGCAACUCCUCCAAGAGCUCGAGACCCGCAUCGUCGCCUCCCAACAGCAGAUCGGCAUCACCAAGGCGCAAAUCACAACCAAACAGAGAGACAUUCGUAUGCUGGAGUUGACGUCAAAGGAGAUUAGUUCGCUGCCGAAGGAGACCCCCGUGUAUGAGGGAGUGGGCAAGAUGUUCAUGAGCGUCCCGAUGAACACAGUCGAUAAGCGCCUUUCAACCGAGAGUACGGAAUUGAAGUCGGAUAUCUCGGGCCUGGAAAAGAAACUGUCCUCGCUGGAAUUGACGCAUAAGAAUGGUCGGGAGAACCUCGAGCGGAUCUUGAAGUCAGGCGAUAGGGCCUGA